AUUUUGCCGCUGCAUGAGGAGCUCAUGUAUAUCAUUACAGCUGCUGCUCAGCUGCUGUCGUCAGCUGUCAGCUGAUAACAUUGGUAGUUACUCAAUUUCUUUACUAAACUGUUUUACUUACAUUAUUUGAAUUGGAGUCAGGAGUAAGAGAAGUUGUCAUUUGAGAAGAUAUGGGUUCUCUCCGUGUGGGAGUGGUGGGAGCAGGUAUUGUGGGUGUCACAUCUGCCCUCCAAGUACAGGCUGUCUAUCCCUCAGCUAAUGUUACGAUUAUGGCGGACAAGUUCAAUGAAGACACCACCAGUGAUGGAGCAGCGGGUAUCUUCAGACCUGGAACUAGUUUUUCUGGUCCAACUCCAGAAAUGACAGAGAAAUGGCUUAUAGACUCUUGGAACUACUACCAGCAGCUGUUAGAGGAGGACUGUGGAAUUAGUCGGAUUUCUGGAUUCAUUUUCUCUUCCACCAGCCCAGACUUAGUCCGAAAUCACCUGUUAGAACGCCUGGUCCCUGUGUAUCGAGCAGCCACUAAGGAAGAGUUGGCCUCCUGUCCUGGGGACUGGAGGUACGGAUCCUACUUUGAAACUUUACUGACAGAAUGUCGCAAAUUCCUACCUUGGGCUUUGAACAAGGUCCGAGCAGCAGGAGGCAGUGUUGUAGAGCAACAUGUAAACAGCCUGACUCAGUUGGAAGGUAGGUACGAUGUUGUCAUCAACUGCGCUGGUCUUGGAGCAAAGCAGUUGGUGCGAGACCAUAAACUUGUGCCUAUCAGAGGACAAGUUUUUAAGGUUAGAGCUCCAUGGGUGAAGCACUUCUAUUAUGCAGACUACGACACAUACAUCAUUCCUCAACCUGAUGGGUUGGUAACGUUGGGUGGUAGCCGCCACUAUGACAGCCACACAACAACAACUUGUGCCCACGAUCUGGCUGCUAUACAGGAGCGAUGUGUGGCACUACUGCCUAGUCUGGAAGGUGCUGAGGUGGUACGCUCUUGGACAGGUCUCCGCCCACACAGGGAUCCAGUCAGAGUGGAGUUGGAAAGGGUUGGAGAGCUCAAGAUAAUCCACAACUAUGGACAUGGUGGAUAUGGGAUUACAGCUGGACCCGGCACGUCCAUACAUGCUGUUAAACUGCUCCGUAACAUCAUCACAGGCAACAGCAAACUGUAGACAUGCUGUUUAAAAAAAUGCACUUAACAAAAGUAGCACUGAAGAAACAUUCCAAACCUUCUAAAUAUUGUAUGUGUAUUGUUUAAGUGAGUUGUGUAAAAAAAACUGCAUUUUCAAUGCCUCUUUUUCAUCAAAAAUAAUUUUAAAAUUAAAAUAUACUAGGAGCUAAGUUGUACCACACCAGUGUGCUAACUUUCAAGGAACCAAAAAUUCCUACAGCCAUAUUUCAUUUAUUAAUAAAAUUAUAUUUAAUAAAU